CAGUCACGCAGUCACGUCAACAACCACUACACCAGAUGUUGGGCGGCGGCCCGCCAGGACGCUUCUGCAAGACUGACUCAAGAUCACAUCACUUAGCGACGAGUCGCGCUCGGUGGGACUUGAACAGCAAUGCGUUCACAUCGCCAGUGACGCGGCUUCUACGUGUCGCCACUCUGCGUUCUCGCCUAAACAACAACGUCGUUAGCCGUUAGCAAAACAAACCUGAGUGGUUUCCGUAGAUGACGUCCACGGACACCAUGUCCGGUUUAUCCAGCGGCCCGACUUUCCUCUCCGUCACCCCGGAUGGCACGACGUCUGGUUUGGAUCCGAACUUUCUGGGGUAAAAAUCCCCAGCAUUGUAGUAAGCUAGAGCCGCAGACGUGGACAUCAUCCCGUCCGUCGCCAUGUUUGACUUCCGGCUCACCGUCCUUGUGUUUUCCGCUCCCACAAAUAAAACACCGCCCCCUGCUGGACCAAAAGGAAGGCACCCGAGCGAGAGAGAGCGUGUCACCAGCAGAGAGUGAGGUGAAAAUCACUGCGAAGAGAGAAAGUGGAACAGGUUCUGCCACACCCCUCAGCUGAAGACUGUCGAGAGCAUUGGUCAGGCGUCUGUCUGAGAAGGAGGGGCCUGUGGCUGCCUUUCACUACAGCACGUCGCUGUGGAACUCACAGUCAGAGUUGCACGUUUCUGCACAAGCCACCGCUGAAUUCUUUGGCUCCCGUCAUGGACAACCUCAUUUCGACGGUCCAGAAGGCCCAGGACAUGAAGGACGAGGAAAAGCUGUACCGGUACCAGGGUGUUCUGUACCCCAUCACGCUGUGUCCAGAAGAGCACCUGAAAGCCUUGGAGACGCUGGAGGCUCGAGCAGAUGAUGUCCUACUGGUGGCUUACCCCAAGUGUGGAUUCAACUGGAUGGUGGGGGUCCUGAACAAGCUUGUGAGUGAGGCGACAGGAGAGAAGAGAGAGAAGCAAGGACCUCCACUGAUCGAGUUCUUUGGGCCAGCGGCGCUGAAGUCCUUGGACCAGGCUCCAUCUCCUAGGAUCCUGGGAACUCAUCUUCAUCCUGACAACAUUCCCCGGGACUUCUUCAGGAAGAAAACAAAAAUGCUGGUGAUCUUCAGGAACCCCAAAGACACUUUGGUUUCCUACUACCACUUCUCCAACAACAACCCAGCCCUCCCCUCCCAGACCUGGGACUCCUUCUACUCUGAUUUCAUGUCAGGGGACGUGCCCUGGGGCUCCUACUUCCACCACGCUCAGGCCUGGAACAACCAGAUGGACGACCCCAACGUCCUGUUUGUCACGUACGAGGAGCUGAAGAAGAACCUGACGGAGGGCAUUGGCCAGAUCUCCCACUUCUUUGGCUUCGGCCUGACAGCAGAGCAGGUGCAGAAGGUUUCAGAGGACAGCACUUUCAGCGCAAUGAAGAAAAAUGCUGCCAGCACUCACCACACAAUGGCCAGCGUUAUUUUCCGGAAAGGUGAGGUGGGAGACUGGAAGAACCACUUCUCAUCUGAGCAGAAGGAGAAGUUAGACGAGGUCUUCGAGAAGGAGCUGGCAGGCACGAGACUGGGAGAGAGACUGCGCUUCUGUGAGUGAGCAGCCAGGACGAGAAGCUCAGCUGACCUCAACGCCACAGCCGACUUUAGCGAUCCAACGGCGGGCACUUCUGAAGUACAUCUCAUU